AAGGAUUUAUUAAGGCAUUUUCUGAUUCGCCCGAAUCAUUCAAUUAUGGUUUCUCACCGCUUCAAACUGCCUUGCAAUAUCUUCAAAUACGUAAAGUAUUUAUUUGGCCAAGAUUUCACAUCACUAUACGCAAAUGCCUCGAAGAACGUAAGUCAGAUGUAAUCGAAUUGCAUCAGCCCUUAUCAGAAUCAAUGGAAGAACUCCAGACUGCUAUUCUCGAGUGCAUUGAGGCCUGCAUAUCUGAGUUGAGAAAGGCCAAUAUCGCUUGGUUAGAUCUAGAUAAUUUGACUGUCGAAAAUGCAUUUUCUCGAUCAUUUGAUCAUUUAAUAAGACAACAACUUGACCCAGUAUGGCACCGUAUUAGUUAUAAAACAAAACUAUUGGUUGGAGAUCUCAAUACUUUACGGAAAUUACUUACAUACCUUGUGAGUUACGAUUGUGUUACGUUUCAUAGUUUUCUGGAGACCAUUUUAGCAAGUCAAACAUCUAUAUCUACUUUGAGUCAGCAGCAACAAUCACCUUGGAUUUUCACAGAUUCCGGGAACAAUAUAUUUACAGUGGCUAAAAGACGUGUUUAUGUUCGUUCCGGUUCUACAUCCACGGUUUCGGAGACGGACAAAGCAAAGAAACAUGAUUUUCUUCCUGGAAUCGAACCAAUAUUGGAAGAGUUACCAAAAUGGGGACUUUUAGCAGAUGUUUUGAAUGAGAUUGAACUUGAAAUUGAGUCUUCAUCAGAUUCUGUGAAUAACGGUGAACAAUCGAAUGACAACAUAUUGGUUAUGGUGGAGAAUGAACGAGAAUGUUCGCAAUUACGCGAAUAUCUUUCCACGAUGCAUAAAGGAUUGAAAAAAGGACAGGGGCGAGGUGGUCCAUUGUUAAGAAGGUUGUUUAAGAAUUAUGUUAAGUGGAAAGGUGGAAUAGCUAAAGUCAGCAAAAAUUUGUUUCAGUCAGCAAAAGAACCCGCAAAAAAUGAAGGUGCUCAAAAAGAAGAUAAUAAUCCGAAGCCUAUAGCUGAACCUAAGAGACAAGUUAAACGUGGACAACAACCUCCAAAUAAACGAAGACGUGUUCGCGGCGGAUCGGUGACCGCCGCGUCAUCAUCACGUACAUCUGUGUCAAUUAUUGAGGAAGAAGUCAAAGAAAUUGAAGGUUUUAUUAAUCCCGAUGCCGAUACCGAUGACGUUAUAAUAGUUGAUUCCAGUGAGGUUGCUAAUAUUCAUGAAUCAUAUUAUGAAGAUGAGUUUGAUUUAGAGGCCUUUUCGACAUAUUUCGGGAUACUUCCAAUGCAGUCACUAAUUAUUAUUCGAUCAUAUUCUGGAGAAGAUGAUGAUAUAAUAUUGGAAACAUUAAAACCCAAAUAUAUUGUUAUUUAUCAUCCAGACCAGGGGUUUGUGCGACGUGUCGAAGUAUUCCGCGCCAUGCAUCCAGGAAUAGCUUGUAGGGUCUAUUUCAUGAUGUACCAAAACUCUGUGGAAGAACAACGAUAUUUGAGUUCAAUAAGAAAGGAAAAAGAGUCUUUCGAAAAAUUAAUCCAUGAGAAAUCUAUAAUGGCCAUUCCUUUAGGAAAAACACGAAAAAUUCAAAGUGACCCUUCCGAUAUGUUCUUAAGAACUGUAGAUACUCGUAUAGCAGGUGGUGGAAAGCUAGAACAAAGAGUUAAAAAGUCACCUAAAAUCAUUGUUGAUAUCCGAGAAUUUCGAAGUUAUUUACCAUCGCUUCUCCACGCACAUGGAAUAGAAAUUUCUCCGUGUACCUUACAAGUCGGAGAUUAUAUUUUAUCACCGCAUAUUUGUGUCGAAAGAAAAUCGGUAUCUGAUUUGAUAUCGAGUUUUACUUCUGGAAGAUUAUACACACAAUGUGAAGCAAUGUCGAUACAUUAUAGGCAACCAAUAUUGUUGAUCGAGUUCGAUCAAAAUCAAACGUUUACUUUUCAAGCAAUAAAUGAUUUGAAAUCUGAUAUCAAUGUCAACGAUAUUUCUUCAAAACUUGUGUUACUUACUCUAACAUUUCCUCGACUACGCAUAAUUUGGUCUUCUAGUCCUCAUUCCACCGUUCAGAUUUUUGAAGAUUUAAAGCAAUUGCAUGAUGAACCCGAUCUUGAGAAAGCUCAAUCAAUUGGGAAUGAAGAUAACGAAGAGAUUCCUAUAGAUUAUAACUUGGCACCCCAAGAUUUCCUUCGUGCUCUACCCGGAAUUACUGCAAACAAUUGUAAACGUGUUAUGUCAAAGGUGAGAAAUCUGCGUGAAUUGAGUGAGUUAUCUUUAAGCGAAUUGCAAAAUCUUAUUGGUGAUGAGAAAGGUAGAACUUUAUUUGAAUUUCUGGAAAAGGAUGUUAAAGAAUGA